CUACAACCAACAACCAACCACUACAUCCAGCCCGGUGAGACUUUCGAAGGAGUUGCAAAUUAACACAUUUUCUUGAACAAGAAUAAAAAUAAAAUAAAAAAGAGCAAAACUUUUCAAGAUCACUUGUGCAUUCCGAUUCGCAUCGCAUAAACAUUGCCCAUCAACAAAUAAUGGGCAACACAUCUUCAAUGCUCACCCAAUACGACAUCGAAGAAGUUCAGGAGCACUGCAAUCACACCUUUUCCCAGCAAGAAAUAGUGUCACUAUACCAAAGAUUUUGUCAACUGGAUCGAUGCGGCGGCGGUUUUAUAUCAGCUGAGGAGUUUCUCUCAGUACCUGAGUUUGCUGUCAACCCACUCGCUCAGAGAUUGUUCAGGAUGAUAGAUGGAUUGAAUUUUAAAGAAUUUGUGGCUUUCUUAUCUGUAUUCAGUCCUCGUGCUACUUUGCACCAGAAAAUUGAAUUUAUUUUCAAGGUGUAUGAUUCUGAUGGCAAUGGGAAAGUCGCAUUCAAUGAUAUGUUGGAUGUGUUGCAUGAUUUGACUGGACAUUUUAUCUCUGAACAGCAAAGGGAGCAAGUGCUUAUCCACGUCCUUGAAGAAGCAGGCUAUACAAAAGAUUCUUUGUUAGUUUUUUCAGACUUCGUUAAGAUUCUCGGAAAUUCUGGUUUGAAGAUGGAAGUAGAGGUUCCUGUGGACUAAGAUGAGGAGAAGUCAUCAGUUACUGCAAGUUCAGGGAAAGUGUGGAUAACACACGUCGAGUUCUAUUUGCAUUGAAGAUCUGAAGAGUGGUCAUCCUAGUCUCCUUCUAUGUGUAAAUCAAUGUCCAAGUCCGUGUUUAAGGUAUCAAAACAUAAAGCAUAUCAAAUUUCAUGUUUUGUGUUCCCUUCAAGUUACAGUGUUAUCAGCGAUGCACGAUUUCGCGAUGCGAUGAUGUUUCUUAAUUUUUAAUGCUGAAUAAAUUUUUUCUCUCA